CGUUGCCAUGGCGGCGGCGUCGGGAGGGCGGGAGGAGGGAGGGAGCAUGGCCGCCCUGGCCCGGCUGCAGGAGAGGCUAUCGGAGCUGCGAGAGGAGUAUUUCCUUGCGAACAGAUCUAUAGAUGAAGACAGAAAAAUAAAAUACAGAGCUGCUGUCAAAAUCCAGAGCUGGUUUCGAGGAUGCAGGGUCCGAGCCUAUCUGAGACAUCUGAAUGCAAUGGUGAUUUUGAUACAGAAGUGGUGGAGAGGAUAUCGAUGCAGAAAACACUUCAGAAAAAUGCUGGAGACAGCAUAUUUUAUUAUGAAGAUGAAUUUCUACAAUGAAAUGGCUGUCAGGAUCCAGAAAAGGUGGCGAGGCUAUUACGUUCGGAAAUACAUCCAUAAUUAUUAUGCCCUGAAGAAAUACUUACAAGCUGUUUCUGUGAAUAACGCAUUUGUCAGGAGUGAACUUCAAGAGUACGUAGAAAUGAAGGAAAAUGAAGAGAAAAUGAAAGACCUAGAAAAGAAAGAAAAGGAAAAGAAAUACCAAGCCCGAAAGAUGCAUUACCUCCUUAGCACUGAGCAGAUUGCAGGCAUCUACAAUUCGCCAUUCAGAAAAUCCCCAGACCCAAUGGAACUGCUGCUACGGAAUUCAAAGCCACUGAGCCACAGAAGGAAGCAAGUGAAGAGUCCCUUUGCCUAUGAGCUCUAUGACUGGCCAACUUGUAAGAAGCCCCCAGCUUUCGUCACAGCACUGCCUCUGCCACCUAUUGGCAGACAGAAACCUCAGGGGCCUUUCCGCGAUACCGCUGAAGUAUUGUGGCAGCGCUACAAGCCUUUGGAACCAACCUUGCGAGUGGCAGAAUCAAUCAAUUCACCACUGGAGAAGGCCAGAGAGGGAAUAAAAAGGGAGGAAUGGAGAAAUCCUAUACAUGACAAUGAAUUCCUGCCAUUUUCUUCAUAUCAUAAAAAUGAGAAUGAGAAGUAUGAGCCAUCACUUUGUAAGUCAGGCAAAUAUGUCCAAGAAGCUUAUGGAACCAAACAUUUCAGAGAAGUAUAUCCUAAUAAGUGGAUAGCAGACAAGGACUUUCGAACAGUGGUACCAUCUAUUUUUCUCUUCGAAAAGUUUGGAAAAACUUACUCCCGCGCUGGGCAAAUAGUGUAGUUGUCCUGGAAACUACACAAGGCACCUGAAAAGUAAUCAAUAAAUGUAUUUCAGCAAAUGCACAGAAGCAUGUUGACUGAAUGUCCCAUAAAGUAGUCUUCCUGUGAUGUAUACUAUGUCUGAAGUAACGUUAAUUGAUUUUGCUUGAUCUUUAAGCGAUAUGGCUUCCAGGAUUUAUAAAAACUUUUUUUGUGUGUUUUUUUUUAAAAAAAAUUAGCUUAAGAAAAUGAUUUCUGAAAAUGCUAUAUUUUAUUUAACAUAAAUAAUUUAGGAUAGAAAACCAGAGUCAUCAAGUAAAAUACUUGGAAUCACAUUUAUUUGUUACAGAUUUGUAAAUGAGUUUAAAAAAAGAAGAUAGUUUAAAAUUUACAUCUGUUUUUUUCCUCACAACUAUAAAUGUAUCUGCUUCAUCGCUGUUGUUCAUCAUUUUCAGUGUUAUUAGGCAUCCUUUUUGGCUACGGAUUCAUGUCUUCAGAAGUGCAGGAUAGGCAUUUACAUGGAAGAUACUCUUUUAAAUC